AUGACAACAGUAUCAACAUCAAACAGUAAAGUUUUACAAUUAAUACAACAAUAUGCACAUCGAUUACGUUCGAAUACAUCAGUAGAUUAUGAUCCGAUAUUAGCUGCAAUUGGUAAUGCUCAAAUUGUAAUGAUCGGGGAAGCUUCACAUGGUUCACAUGAAUUUUAUUUCCAUCGAGCGGAACUAACAAAACGAUUAAUUCAAGAAAAAGGUUUUACUAUUGUUGCUUGUGAAGCUGAUUGGCCACCAGCUUAUCGAGUUAAUCGUUGGAUAAAAGGACUUUCUUCUGCAACAAAUAUUCGAGAUGCAAAUGAUGCAUUAAAAGAAUUUACACGAUUUCCAUCAUGGAUGUGGCGAAAUACUGUUGUAUUAGAUUUUAUAACAUGGCUUCGAAAAUAUAAUGAAGAUUUAGGACAACAAAAGAAAAAAAUUGGAUUUUUUGGUAUUGAUUUAUAUAGUUUACAAGCAUCACGUGAAGAAGUUCUUAAAUAUUUAGAAAAAAAUGAAUCAAGUCUUGUUGCUGAAGCUCGUAAAAAUUAUGGAUGUUUUGAAAGAUAUUCCGAUGAACAAGAAUAUGGUUAUUGUGCUGCAACAAAACUUUCAUCUGGUUGUGAAAAAGAAGCUAUUGAAGUAUUAAAAAAAAUGUUAGAACAUCAUGCAAAAAAUAUAUCGAAAGGAAAAACUAAUGAUAGUAAUAGUGAUGAAAGUUUUUAUGCAAUGGAAAAUGCUAAAAUUGUUCGUGAAGCUGAAAAAUAUUAUCGACAUAUGUUUGAAGGUGGUGAAAUAACAUGGAAUAUUCGUGAUACACAUAUGUGUGAUUGUUUACAAGAUUUACUUACACAUAAUGGACCUGAUACUAAAGCUAUUAUUUGGGCUCAUAAUUCACAUAUUGGUGAUGCUCGUGAAACUGAUUCACGACGUGCACGACAAGUUAAUAUUGGUCAAUUAAUUCGUGAACGAUUUGGUAUAGGAAAUACGUUUAAUAUUGGAUUUACAACAUAUACUGGUACAGUUACAGCAGCUGAUAAUUGGGAUAUGGAUCCAGAUUUUAAAAGUAUUAGACCAUCAUUAAGUGAAAGUGUAGAAUUUUUAUUACAUGAAGCUUUAACAAAAAAUUCAACAAUGACAAAUGAUGGUCAAUAUUUUCUUUUAUUUCGUUCUAAUAAUUCAUCUAUUAAUCUUUCAAAAGAAUUACAUAAUGAAUUACAUAAGAAACGUUUGGAACGAGCUAUUGGUGUUAUUUAUCGUCCACGUACUGAACGACAAUCACAUUAUUUUGAUGCAAAUCUUUCAACACAAUUUGAUUGUGUAAUUCAUAUUGAAGUUACACGUGCAUUAAGACCAUUAGAAAUACAUCCAGCAUGGGAAGAAGCCGAAAAAGAACAUGUACCAGAUACUUUUCCAAUGAAUGUAUAA